AUGUAAAGCCCUUAUUUCUCUUACCAACUCACUAAUGCAUUUUGCUAAUUGAAUGAUGUAUACAUAUUUGGCUUUGCUGGAAUAGUAGGUGCUAUUGCAGGAUGUCAUUUUGUAUCUGGCAAACCUUUUAAUUACUUGGGGUUAUAUAGCUCGAGUUAGUUGAUAUGUCUUUUAGGCAAUAGUGUGUUAAUGUACUGCUUAUCGCCUUAUUUGUUUGGGUUCUACUUCUUGAGCAUUCUAUCGCACUUGAUUUGGUACAACAACGCCAAAAGUAUCAUCGGAGUGCCUAAAACAUUCAACAAUCUUUAUCUCAAGUCUAUGGUGUUUUCCUCGCUAUUCAUAUUUGCAGCAAUAGGCGGAGUCGUGCUCUUGAAUUAAGAAAUUAAACAUAUAGAGAUCAAAAUUGAAGAAUUACAAAAGCUAUCAGAUUCGCUAAAAUCAGGACUAUGAAACAUGUUAAUUAAUUAAAAAGAAAUAAAUAUAAUUUAUAUUCAUAUAUA